AAAAAAAAAAAAAACUGUGUUCAAUUUGUUUGGCAGUGUCGCCCAUUUCGUGUUGUUCAAGUUCUGUUGUUCGUCUUCCCGAUUUCACUCUGCAAAUCCUCACAGGGAAAAGAAAAGUGAUAAAUUAGAGGAAAAUAAGUUCAUAGAUAGAUCGAAACCACACUUCGUUUUGAUUUGAACACUGUAAAAGGAAAGAUAGAGAGAUGGCCCGAUACGACAGAGCAAUUACGGUGUUCUCGCCGGAUGGUCAUUUAUUCCAGGUGGAGUACGCUCUCGAGGCCGUACGCAAAGGAAACGCCGCCGUCGGAGUUCGCGGCACCGAUACCAUCGUGCUCGCCGUUGAGAAGAAGUCCGCUCCUAAGCUUCAGGAUUCGAGAUCGGUAAGGAAGAUUGUUAAUUUAGAUAAUCACAUUGCCUUGGCCUGCGCUGGGCUGAAAGCAGAUGCACGUGUCUUAAUAAACAAGGCACGGAUUGAAUGCCAGAGUCACAAGCUUACGAUUGAGGAUCCUGUAACAGUUGAAUACAUAACUCGCUACAUUGCCGGUCUUCAGCAGAAGUACACACAAAGUGGUGGUGUGAGACCUUUUGGCCUUUCGACCUUGAUUAUUGGGUUUGACCCACAUACUGGUACUCCGUCACUUUAUCAGACAGAUCCAUCUGGCACAUUUUCAGCAUGGAAAGCAAAUGCGACUGGGAGGAAUUCGAACUCUAUCAGAGAGUUUCUGGAGAAGAAUUACAAGGAAACACAUGGCCAAGAAACUCUCAAGUUAGCGAUUCGUGCUUUGCUCGAGGUUGUGGAGAGUGGAGGAAAGAAUAUCGAAGUAGGUGUAAUGACGAAAGAGCACGGACUGAAGCAACUUGAAGAAUCAGAAAUCGACGCCGUUGUUGCUGAGAUAGAAGCAGAGAAAGCUGCUGCCGAGGCUGCUAAGAAAGCCCCUUCAACUAAGGAAACUUAGUUUCAAAUUAUUAUUAUUCUGCACAUUGUGUUGCUGCUUCUGGGCCUGUCAAGGUAGUGUGAUUCAUCAAUUCGGCCUUAUAAUUUCAUUUCGUAUUGGGCCUCUUUAAGUAUUGGAUUUAACAGAAUAAGAUUCAACUUGGAUUAUUUUUCUGCAAAAAAUAUUUAACAGAGUAUGUUAUUUUCUAUUUUUUUUUUUUUUUUUAAAUUA